AUGUGUGGCCUACAAACAACUAUAGAACGGUUCACCACCCUCGCAUUCUUGGUCAGUAUACAUAGACCUCGUGUGCUCUCGACCGUAGCGCAACCAGAUUACUUUCUUUUGGCAUCGAAAGCGUUCCAGCGAUCACAACCAAUAGGCCAUCGUAGUCGCCAAGCGGGUCUCAUUGAAGUGCGAACGCUGUUGGCAAUCUCCUCACGAGCCAUCAAAGAAGGCAUGAAGACGAUUGAUGUGAGACGAUGGGAAUCGAAGGUCAGAUUCCAGCCUUUGGGUCAUUGA